UUUGGUCAACAAGGUGACUUAAUGUGUAUUUAGAAAGUUUGGAAUACUAACUGCGUCUAAAAGGAAGUCUAUUUUGUUGUGAUAAAAAUCAUCCUUGUGGCUCUAUAAUUUAAAGCCAUCAAAAAUACUUGCAAUUGCGUUUAAAUUUCUUUUGACCUGAAUUUGAAUUUUGGGAACUCGUUCUGCUACCCAAUGCUUUAUAAUAUCUUGGAUGUCCAUCUUUAUACUAAUCAAAUAUUUUUUGGAAAAUUAAGAAAUAUCAAUUCUUUCAGAAAUAUAAAAAGAGUUAGAGGAAUUCAAACUCAUCCAAGAAGCAUAUUGAAGAACUCUUAUUUGUCAUUUUAAAUCGACACUCAUACUCAUUGUCUGUACAUUGUAAAAACCCAUCUGUUAAAAUAUUGUACAUUUUACUGAGGGAGAAUGAAGUUUUUAGAAAGUAGCAGAUUCGAAGCUAUAAAUUCAGCUCUUCGAUUUCAGACGGGUGAUUGUCUCAUUCGUGGGAGGAUUGAAAGCUACUCUUGCAAGAUGGCUGGUGAUCACAAAAAAUUGUUCAAAAUGAUGAAUGCAGAAACUGGAGCUAAUGAUUUGCAAGCUCUCUCACCACCUCAAAGUAUGCUUGUAGGUGCGAGUCCGAGCAAGAGUUACAGCCGUAGCCAAAGUGACGAUGGGGAAGGACAAGGACCAUUGUGUGAUACAAUCAAUCGCAAAACUUUGAGCUACUUAAUUGCUACAUUGAAUGCAUCUUUUCACCCGGAUUAUGAUUUCAGUCAUGCUAAAAGUGAAGAGUUCAGUCGAGAACAUAGUGCAAGGUGGGUGAUGAAUGCUGUUGAUAGCAGUCUCAGUGCUACUGCCAACCAGGAUUAUGAAGCAUUGAAGCCUCAAGUGUGGUCAGCCAUUGAUCACGAGAUUUGCUUAUCUGAAUGUGAUAUAUACAGUUACAAUCCUGACCUUGAUUCUGAUCCUUAUGGUGAAGAUGGAUGUUUGUGGUCCUUCAACUAUUUUUUCUUCAACAAAAGACUUAAAAGAAUUGUUUUCUUCACUUGUUAUGCUAUUGGAACUCCAUACUGCACUGAUAAAUCCGGUUUUGAUGAAGAACUCAUGAUGGAGAUGGACGAGUGUUCUGAAUAAGAUUAAGCAUUUUCCAUUUGAGAUCUGAAGAGGGUGAAACCAUUUGGGGAAUUUCUUUUUUGUUUUGUAUAAUUGUGUGCAUUUGCCUGAGCAAUUAGUGAAUAUUUUCAGUUUUAGUUGCAAUGAACAUGAAUGCUACAUUUUACUGUGCAGUACGUUUAUACUAGUUUUUAGGUUAUUGAAUGCAAAUAGUUCAAUUUAAAAAAAAUGUUUUUUGCAGUACAAUUUUAUACUAAAUUUUAUAUAAGUUUUGUUCUUAUGUUAGUUUAAGGUUUUCUACUUAACAACAUAACUUUUUCAACAUCAUUUGUUUCUGAAACUUUGAAGAAAUCUUUAUAUUAGUUUUCUGUUUCUUGUUCAACUGCAUGAAUACAUCCUUUAAAUGUUUCAAUUUUAUCCACUCAUUGUACAUUAAGAUUGUCAUAAAAUUAUUUCCAUUAAUUAUCUAUCAAAACUUUUAUUUACUUUUUAUCGUUUAGAAGAUUUUUUAUCUUUAUUUUUAGACACAAUAUGCAGAUAGAUAGUUUUAACUCCUUUUGAAAAAACUCGAUCUGACAGGUUCAAGCUAAAAUAAAGAAGAAUUUGAUAACUAUAAACAACUUGGCUAAGGGCUGAAAACACACACACACAAAAAAAAAAAAGACAUAAAAAUGAAUUUGAAUUCUGAAAUUUUGAAUCCAAAUUAUGUUUUUCGCAAUCACAAACUGAGACAGGACCCUACUCAUUGGAGUUACUGUUUCUAGAAACGGCUCCUGUCCGCCCCCCCCCCCCCCCCCCCCCCAAGCCUGCCUCUCCUCCUGGGCGGUUACGUGUGCAUAGUUGUGUGUGUAAGUGUGUAGGCUUGUGUGUGUGUAUAGACCUGUGUGCAUGCACAUUGAAGAAAUCUUUAUAUUAGUUUUCUGGCGUGUGUGUGUGUAUGUGUGUGAGCGUGCGUGUGUGUAGGACAUGAACGCCUCCGACCAGGAGAAGCGGAUAGCUCAGGACCGGAGCAGCCGCCAGCAGAGGACGGUGGGCGGUGGUGCUGCAGACGCUUCUGGUUCAAGCUGAAAAAGGCACAGAACAUCAAAAACGAUCAAAUGAUAACAAUUAGCAAUCGUGAUUGCUCAAAAAAAAAAAAAAAAAAAAAAAUUAAUUUGAAUUUUUUCAAAUUGAAUUCAAAUUAUGUUUUUCGCAAUCACGAGUGUUUGUGUAUAUGUAAGCGUGUGUGUUUGUGUGUGGGGGGUAUGUGUGUGUGUGUAGGCAUGUGUGUUUGUGCCUGUGUGCAGGCAUGAGUGUGUGGGUAGUUGUGUGUAAGCUUGUAGGUGUGUGUGGGGGGUAUGUGUGUGUAGGCAUAUGUGUUUGUGUCUGUGUGCAGGCAUGAGUGUGUGGGUAGUUGUGUGUAUGUGAGUGUGUAGAUGUGUGUGUUUGUGUAUAUGUGUAGGUGUAUAUAUGUAUAUGUGUGUAGGUGCGUGUGUGUAUGCGUGUAAGUGUAGGAUAUUGACGUAACCUGGAGACGGCUUUCGCUAGAGGAGCAGCAUUGUGAGGACCCGGUCGACCGUGAUGAACAUUUCUGCUCUUGCAUUAAAAGAGCGAAUUGGAAGACAUAAGAUCUAAAAAUGCAAAAGGAAAAAGUUUUUUUUUUUUUAAAUGGCUUGUUUUUAUUUUUACUGUAGCAGUCAAUUCUAAUGUGUUUUAUUUUCAAUUUUCAUAGAAUUAUCUCUUGAACUAUUACAUUCAAGAAAAGAGAAUUUUAUGUGAGAUAUAUAUCUCCUAUGGUGUACUGUUGUGUGAUGUAGGAUGUAUAGUUUGUUCUUUGUAUUCACAUUAUUACUAUUUCUGUUUUAUUACUUCAUUAUGUUAAAAAUCUCUUUGUGCUUGUUAUUUUAUUAAUGUUCAAGAAUUUUUUUUUUAAUGACAUAAAUUUUGAGGUAAAAGUUAUAUAAAAUCUUUUAUUAGGCAUAACCCCAACAAUCUUAUAUUUCUUAAUAUUCGUAAUUAAUUAAUUUAUGUACACAAUAAUUGUCGUUGGUAUGAAAUGGAAUGUAAUAUGUGUAGCAGAGAAAGAAUGUAUCUGUGUUAAAACUAUAAAUAUAAAAAAUCUAUAUAAAUGUAGAAAUUUUAACUGAAACCAAACUAGAAUAUAUUUUUUCUUCAUAACGUUGCAUUAUACAUUCCCCCCCCCCCCCCCCUCAACUAACGAAGUUUUCCUUACUAACAAAAUGUUAACUGUCAACAAUCAAAUAAUUUGUAUUUUUUAUUCUCUCUUUGAGGAUGUACGCAUUUAUUGUCAAGUUGCUGCUAUUUAAAAGCCACAUGCACACUUUAUUUCAUAAAUACAUUGUAGUUAGAUAUUAGUCACAACAUUGAUCUCAACCAUUAUAUAUGUAUCAUUACAUUAGUAUAAAUCUAGCCUAGCUUGUGGAUAUUUUUUAAAUUUAUGCCAUGAAAUGCAGGUGUAUAUAUUUGCAUUCAUUCAAAAGACCUUUUCCUUCAAUCAAGUACAAACAUUUUCAUCGUUUUUGUGCUAACAUAGCAAUUGCCCAUUCCACAGUUAAAUCAAAGCAUUCAACAGAUGCUUUUACUCCGUCCUUUGAGUUUCAUUUUUCAGUAACAGGUUCCUUUGUUCUAAGUUCUUCUUUUACCCUAUGAUUUGAAUUCAUUGUUACUAAAUUUAUAAUUGAGGUGUUGUAAAAAUAACAAUAGUUAGUGUUACAAAAUGAAAGUAGAAUUUAUAUGCCUUUUUUUUUCCCUUUAAAAAUUUAGUUCACAAUACACCACCAGUAUAUCAAGUCGUGAUAAUUAUGUACAAGAUGCAUUGUUACCAUCUCAUUUUCACAUGCAUAUGUAAGUGACACCAUGUGUAUUAUGCAUGUUCUAAUAUGUAAGCUCAUGUGUUUUUAGUUAUCACAUUUAUUUAAUUUAUGCAAUGCUUUAUAAUGUUCAACCUUUUAAAACAAAAUAUAAUUGUAAAAAAGAUUUUCUAGUAUUCCUUUGGAUCUAAUAUCACCUGCAUAUUUUAUCAUUUUUGAAAUGCAUUUUCAUGAAAAACAUCAAAGAUGAAAUAUGAAAAUAGAUGCAAAUUACUUUAUCUAUUUAAAAAUUUUGUAUUUGUAAACACGCACAAAUAUAUUCUUCCCAUGUACAAUAGAUUUCAAAUGACUAAUCAUUCACUUAUAAACGUUUAAAAAUAAUUAUAGUAUUAAUUCUAAAUAGUUUUUGCAAAUGAGUGUUCUUGUAUUUGUUUAUCUGUUUCAAAAUAUUAUCAUUUGAAAUAAAGUUGUUUAUAA